AUGUCUUUCUACGCGCCUCCGAACCAGCAGCGGACUCUCCGCGCCUGCAUGGUCUGCUCUGUCGUCCAACUACACAACAAAUUCACGCGCGAAGGCUGUCCGAACUGCGAAAACGUCCUCCAACUCCGCGGCAACAACGACGCCAUCCAAGAAUGCACGUCGCAGGUCUUCGAGGGCCUGAUCUCGGUGCGGGAUCCGGCGGCCAGCUGGGUCGCACGCUGGCAGCGGUUGGAUAAUUACGUGGCGGGGACAUAUGCGACCAAGGUGACGGGGACGCUCCCGGAAUAUAUCAUCAACAGUCUGGAGGACUCCGGCAUCAAAUAUGUCCCGCGUGACGGGAGUACCGGCGAGGAAGAGUCGUAA